AACAGGAAAUGUGUGAGAAUCAGAGAAAACACGGAAGAACGAGACAGAGAGAGAGAGCGAGAGAGAGACGUAUCUUGUUGGGCCAUCUUCUGUUUCUAGCUAAGUUUGAGGGUUAAUUAUGAGUCAACGUCUGAUCAUAUUAUCUUGCCUCCUAGCAGUUCUGGGUGGUGUGGAGUCUGACAUCAUCACUGUAAGAGAGGGACAAGAUGCCAAAAUCAAAUGUUCUUAUAGAUCUGCAUAUGGCAACAUCAAAUACUUCUGCAAAGAUCCGUGUACAGAAACAGAUAUCCUUUUCAAAUCUGAUUGGUAUCAGUCUCUUCCAAAGAGAUUCUCUCUGGUUGAUCAUGGAUCAUCAUUCACCGUCACCAUCUCUAAAGUGAGAUCGACAGACUCUGGACUGUACUACUGUGGUGUGGAACGCUUCUUUAAAGACAAAUUCAAUGAAAUCACUUUAGAGGUGAUCACUGCAGUCCCAUCCACUACACCAGGUCCCACUUCUCACAGACCAUCAAAAACAACAGCCAAAUCCACCCGACCUGAACACACGUCUCUCAGACCUUCUGAGCAAACCACAGUCCACAGAGAACAAGAUGGAGCAGGUGGUGUUGUAUACAUAUGUGCUGGCCUCGCUGCGGUGGUGUUUCUGUUAGUGCUCUGUCUGUUCAUGCUCUACACACAGAGGACCAGAGGCAGGAAGUCAUUGGAUCCCCCUGCUGGACACAGACCUAACACUGACUCAGGAAAUACUCAACAGGGUCAGUGUGAUUACUCUGACAUCACUUUCAAUCCUCACGUCUCCACCUCCAGCCCCGCCCCACCCAGCACAGACCCCUCCACCAUCUACGCCAACGUUCAACUGCCGUCCAAUCAGAAUCCAGACUCUCUCCAGUACGCCACCGUGAGAUUCACUGAUCCGCCAGCAGGGGGAGACAAAGGACAAAGCCCCCCGGGGAUAGAGAGGGAGAGAGCAGUCAUAUACUCCAGCAUCAACCUCUAGAGAGAAAGCCCACUUUAGUUAUAGUGCAAGGGCAUACACAUACAAGGGCUUGGAUUUAGGUUUAAGGAGGAAAAGACAAAGAAAGUUAGGGACUGAGAAGAAAAAGAUGAAAUAAAAUGAAAUAAAAUGAAAAAGAAGGUUUGAUUCGUUUUUAUAUUUUGUUUUUUUGGCCUCCAUACUCUUCUGUCAUUACUGUUUUUAUUUUAAUUUUUUUAUUUAAUCUAUUUAUUAUUAUUUCACUGUUUUUGCAUCCCAGUUUGUUACCAGUUAAUUACUUAUUUAUGUAUUCAUUUAUAUCUGCCCAAUGUAUCUAUUUAAAGACAUCCUCUAAGGAUGUUUCUAUGAUCCAUUUAACUAUGGUGUAUUUACUCAUCUUGCUGUGGGCAGUGACGUGUAUUAUCUUAAAUGAACGUCAUGUAAUUGCUGUGGGUAGUUUACAGUGACGUGUAUUAUUUCAAAUGAAUGUCAUGUAAU